AGCGGAGCGUGUGCAGGGCUGCUGCCGCGCAGGGUCCCGGCCUGGGAGCGGGGUGGCGGGGUCUGCUUGGCCGCCUCUGGCGGGCCUGGCAUGGCGGGGCGGCGGUGCGCGGGCGGAGUGGCCGCCUUGUCUGAGUCGCCGGGCUGCGGCUCUGCGGCGGAACCGGCUCGGGAGCUUUUCGAGGCCUGCAGGAACGGGGACGUGGAGCGGGUUAAGCGGCUGGUACGGCCCGAGAAUGUGAACAGCCGGGACACGGCGGGAAGGAAGUCCAGUCCGCUGCACUUCGCUGCAGGUUUUGGUCGAAAGGACGUAGUUGAAUAUUUACUUCAGAGUGGUGCCAAUGUCCACGCACGAGAUGAUGGAGGCCUUAUUCCUCUUCACAACGCUUGCUCUUUUGGUCAUGCUGAAGUUGUCAAUCUUCUCUUGCGGCAUGGUGCAGAUCCUAAUGCUCGGGAUAAUUGGAAUUACACUCCCCUUCAUGAAGCUGCCAUUAAGGGCAAGACAGAUGUCUGCAUUGUACUGCUGCAGCAUGGUGCUGAACCAACCAUCCGAAACACAGAUGGAAGAACAGCUUUGGACUUAGCAGACCCGUCUGCAAAAGCAGUGCUGACUGGUGAAUAUAAGAAAGAUGAACUCUUAGAAAGUGCCAGGAGUGGAAAUGAAGAAAAGAUGAUGUCUCUUCUUACACCAUUAAAUGUUAACUGUCAUGCAAGCGAUGGCAGAAAGUCUACUCCUUUACAUUUAGCAGCUGGGUAUAACCGUGUAAAAAUAGUACAGCUCUUAUUGCAACAUGGGGCUGACGUACAUGCUAAGGAUAAAGGAGAUUUGGUGCCACUUCACAAUGCCUGUUCCUAUGGUCAUUAUGAAGUAACAGAGCUUCUAGUAAAGCAUGGAGCAUGUGUGAAUGCAAUGGAUCUGUGGCAAUUCACCCCUCUGCAUGAAGCAGCUUCUAAGAACAGGGUGGAAGUAUGCUCUCUUUUGUUAAGUUAUGGUGCUGACCCAACACUGUUGAACUGUCACAACAAAAGCACCAUUGAUUUGGCUCCAACACCCCAAUUAAAAGAACGAUUAGCAUAUGAAUUCAAAGGUCACUCACUGCUACAGGCUGCAAGAGAAUCAGAUGUAGCUCGUAUAAAGAAACAUCUUUCUUUGGAGACAGUGAACUUCAAACAUCCUCAAACACAUGAGACGGCAUUGCACUGUGCUGCUGCAUCUCCAUAUCCCAAGAGAAAACAAGUAUGUGAAUUGCUACUGAGGAAAGGAGCUAACAUCAAUGAAAAAACGAAAGACUUCUUGACUCCUUUGCAUGUGGCAUCAGAAAAGGCUCAUAAUGAUGUUGUUGAAGUAGUUGUGAAACAUGAAGCUAAGGUUAAUGCAUUAGAUAACCUUGGCCAGACCUCUCUUCAUAGAGCAGCACAUUGUGGUCAUCUUCAGACAUGCAAGUUGCUAUUGAGUUCUGGAUGUGAUCCUUCCAUUGUGUCUCUGCAGGGCUUUACAGCCUUGCAAAUGGGGACUGAAAGUGUGCAACAGCUACUACAAGAAGGUAUCCCAUUAGGAAAUUCUGAUGCAGAUCGACAGUUGCUGGAGGCCGCAAAGGCUGGAGAUGUGGAUACUGUAAAAAAACUAUGUACAGUUCAAAGCGUGAACUGCAGAGAUAUUGAAGGACGUCAGUCUACACCACUUCAUUUUGCAGCUGGGUAUAAUAGAGUAUCCGUUGUCGAAUAUCUUCUUCAGCAUGGAGCUGAUGUGCAUGCGAAAGAUAAGGGAGGACUUGUCCCUUUACAUAAUGCUUGCUCAUAUGGUCACUAUGAAGUUGCAGAACUGCUGGUUAAACAUGGUGCAGUUGUCAAUGUAGCUGAUUUGUGGAAAUUCACUCCCUUGCAUGAAGCUGCAGCAAAAGGAAAAUACGAGAUUUGCAAACUCCUGUUACAGCAUGGAGCUGACCCUACAAAGAAAAACAGAGAUGGAAAUACUCCACUAGACCUUGUUAAAGAUGGUGAUACUGAUAUUCAAGACCUACUUAGAGGAGAUGCAGCUCUACUAGAUGCUGCCAAGAAAGGUUGCUUGGCCCGAGUGAAAAAGCUGUGUUCACCUGACAAUGUCAACUGUCGGGACACACAAGGACGGCAUUCAACACCACUACAUUUAGCAGCUGGUUACAACAAUUUGGAGGUUGCGGAAUACCUGUUACAGCAUGGAGCAGAUGUGAAUGCACAGGAUAAAGGAGGUUUGAUUCCUCUGCAUAAUGCUGCAUCUUAUGGGAUUCCCCUGGAUUUGGGAUUCUGUUGUAGUCUGUCCUUUUUUCACAAGAGAAGAAAUCUUAACUUUUUACUGCAUGUUGAUGUAGCAGCUUUACUUAUAAAGUAUAAUGCAUGUGUGAAUGCUACGGACAAAUGGGCUUUCACACCUCUGCAUGAAGCAGCCCAAAAAGGAAGGACACAGCUUUGUGCCUUGUUACUGGCACAUGGGGCUGAUCCUACUCUGAAAAAUCAGGAAGGACAAACGCCAUUGGACCUGGUCACUGCAGAUGAUGUCAGUGCAUUAUUGACAGCGGCAAUGCCUCCUUCUGCCUUACCGACUUGCUACAAACCUCAGGUUAUAAGUGUGUCUCAGACUACAGGUUCUGCAGCUGAUUCCCUGUCUUCUGUUCCAUCCAGUCCAUCCAGUCUGUCUGCUGCAAGUAGUCUCGACAACUUGUCUGGUAGUUUUUCUGAACUUCCUUCUGUUGUUGCUACAAGCAGCACAGAAGGAGGUACUGUUCUGGAGAAGAAAGAAGUUUCAGGUGUGGAUUUCAGCAUAAAUCAGUUUGUGCGGAACCUUGGCCUUGAACAUCUAAUUGACAUAUUUGAGAGAGAACAGAUAACACUGGAUGUACUGGUUGAAAUGGGACACAAAGAAUUGAAGGAAAUUGGAAUUAAUGCUUAUGGCCAUAGGCAUAAAAUCAUUAAAGGAGUUGAAAGACUCAUUUCUGGACAACAAGGACUAAACCCAUACCUGACUCUAAAUACUUCUGGUAGCGGAACUAUUCUUAUAGAUCUUUCCACUGAAGACAAGGAAUUUCAAUCAGUAGAAGAGGAGAUGCAGAGUACUGUCCGAGAGCAUAGGGAUGGAGGACAUGCUGGCGGGGUCUUCAACAGAUACAACAUCUUAAAGAUUCAGAAAGUGUGCAACAAAAAACUAUGGGAAAGAUACACUCACAGAAGGAAAGAGGUCUCUGAAGAGAAUCAUAACCAUGCCAAUGAAAGGAUGCUCUUUCAUGGCUCCCCAUUUGUGAAUGCCAUCAUUCACAAAGGCUUUGAUGAGAGGCAUGCCUACAUAGGUGGCAUGUUUGGAGCUGGGAUUUAUUUUGCUGAAAAUUCUUCCAAAAGCAAUCAAUAUGUGUAUGGCAUUGGAGGUGGCACUGGAUGUCCAAUUCACAAAGAUAGAUCUUGUUAUGUUUGCCACAGGCAAUUGCUGUUUUGUCGUGUAACACUGGGCAAGUCUUUCCUGCAGUUCAGUGCUAUGAAAAUGGCUCAUUCUCCCCCAGGACAUCACUCGGUUACUGGAAGACCCAGUGUAAAUGGAUUGGCAUUGGCAGAAUAUGUCAUUUACAGAGGGGAGCAGGCUUAUCCAGAAUACUUGAUCACUUACCAGAUUAUGAAACCUGAAACCACCACUGAAGCUUAAGACAAAUUACUUGUGGAAAACCAUCAGACUUUGGAUAUGAAGAUACCAAUGGCUGCCAUCCUGUUAAUUAUAAGUUGUUGAAAAACUUUCAUCCACAGGUGGUGUGGUAGCAAAUGUGAACAAAAUAUGCCAUUUUUGACUUGAUAAAGCUUUAAUAAUGUACAGUAUGUUUUCUAAAAUUUCAGAAAUGUCCUCUUUUUCAGCACUUUAACAGAUACCAUUCCAGGCAUAAACUGGGGUUUGGCUGUACUAAAUUAUAAACAAAAGUUAACUUGAAACAAUGGUUUUAUACAAAACUGCAUUGAAAUUUAGUAGAACUUGUAAUGCUCUAUACAGGAAUGCAUUUUACUAAUAUUGUGUUCUUUAAAACACUGCAUUUACACUGAAAACGUUUUCAUUUGUAAAACUGUAAAUAAGAGCUUUUGUACUAUUUACAUUGCUUUGUAAUAUAAGUGUUUUAGAACUGCAACCUUGUACAAAAUGUUUUUUCCAGAUAUUGGUUUGUUCAUCUGUGUUUCCUCAUGCACGAUUAAUUUGAAAAGCAAUUUUUUUCAGGGUUUAUCACUUAUUUCUGAGGGAGAAAGCAAAUUUUAUCUGAAGAGGUUUAGAAAUAUGCAACUUUAGAUUGAAUACACAAAUUUUUGUGCUGUAUUUUAAUUUAUGAAAAACAUAUUCCUGAGAAUGAUGGUCUAUGAAAACAGAAUGUUCCAGCUGAAUACAAAAGUGUUUUUCCAGCUACUUCCUAGAGUUGCAUAUUUUAUUUCUAUAAAAUGUCUUCUGAAGUUUUUUAUUUAACUAUAGGUAUAGUUAACCUGUAUCCUCACUUCAAGGCUAGUAGACCUUGCAAGUUACAGUUUUAGUAAAUUAUUUUCUUUGAAUGUAGUUGGAAAAUUAACCUCAAGGAGGUCUUUCUUGAGUUCCUCUUGCUUACAUUUAAGCCAGGAAGUUAAAUAGUUUAUUCCUAAUAUGAGGGCAUACAACUUGGCCUUUUUUGUAUGCUUAUUUUAGUAAAUUAAUCUACCUGUUGGUGCCCUAAGGAUAUGAGUAUUGUGAGGUGGAAAUGUUAAAAACCAUCUUGUCAUCUCCUGUGUUUCUUCCAUGUUAACAUUCAAGCUGUAGUUGAAGCAGGUGUGUAGAAGUGUGUUUAUCUGCAGUGCUUUUGGCUGAGUGGAACUGGUCGGGGUGCAAGGUUCUGCUCCAUGUGCUCGGCCGGCUGGACAAAGAGUGUGUAAGUGGGAUGAGCAGCUCUUGCAGCAGUGUUUGGUUGGUUACCAGGGCCUUUGGUAGCCCUGGUAAGACUGCUUGGAUGGAGGAAGAGUGCAAAAGAUACAGCCCCCUUCUCAAGACUCAUUCGGGGUUACUGAAUGCGACGAUUAGUUUGGUCAGCCCUGUCAUAGCUCUCUUGUGUAUUCUGCUUCUCUUCCAUCUGCAGUUUUUACCUACAUAUUUCAAAAAUAUGUAAAUACAAAUUAUAAUACAUUUGGGGUUAAAGUGGUUAAGAGUAUAUUUUAGUUGUUUCAUAUUUACAUGCAAGACACUAUCCCAGAAGACAAUUUGUUUGCAGGGCAUGUUAUCAUACCAUGGUUUUAAAUGUAGUAACUGGUCAAGAUAAUGAAAUCGUCUUGCUGAUGUGGUGGUUAUGUGAUUAUGCUCUAUGUAAAAAUGUAUUGAACCUUACCCGGUUAUGUGGGGAAUCUGAAUAAUAACUUGCAGAAGGUCAUAUUGGCUAUGAAUAAAAAAGGCUUUGAUUUUUAGGUACUUUCUCCCAGCAUGUUGCCUGUUCCUUAGGUAUAGUAAUGCUGGAAUUGGUGUUCAUGCAAAAUCUGUUAAGUAUGUUUAAAACUUUUUUGUUAUUGCUAAAAUGCUUCAGUCUCUAUGAAUGAUCGCUUAAUGUCUUGUAAAAUAUUGUGGUAUGAUAGCAUUUUAAGUGAUACCACAAUGUUGGUUUUGUCUGGGGAUUUUUUGAGCUGUUUUUUUGCAUGACAUACCUUGCACUCUGAAGAUGGAAGCUGUAAUGAUUUGAUAAUACUGACUAUUGAGGUGAACCUUUAAUCUCUUGUGCAAUUAGUUCUGCUUUACUCAUAUUGAAGUGUCUUUACAUGUACUGUAUGACAUUCCAUAUCCAUUUAACACUAAAUAAAUUUAAUUCACUG